AUGGCAUCACGUAUUACCGCUUCUGCUACCGUUCGAGCUGUCAAAGAAAGUAAAGGUUUACCAACUCGUGCUGCUCUCGUACUUACUCAAAAAGCUGUUGAAAAAAUAAGAAAAAUUUUGCAUAACAAAACAGAUUGUAUUGGUUUAAAAGUCAGUGUUCGUCAAAGAGGCUGCAAUGGGCUAAGCUACGUUUUGGAUUACGCAACUGAAAAGAGUAAAUUAGAUGAGGAAGUUAUACAAGAUGGAGUAAGAGUAAUUAUUGAUAGAAAGGCACAACUUACCCUUUUAGGGACGGAAAUGGAUUACAUAGAAGGCAAAUUAAGUUCCGAGUUCGUAUUUAACAACCCGAACAUUAAGGGUACUUGCGGCUGUGGGGAAAGUUUUUCCGUGUAA